GCUGUGUUGCGCCAGCUCCAGGCUGCCCGAGAAGAAGAAGUUACGGAAGUGGGGCUCCCAAACAGACUCCCGUUGGAAGAGAAGCCGCAGAUCUUCUUGUUCCUCCAUUAAACCAUCGACCCUCGGACUGACCGUGUCUCAGACAGACGAUGGGAACUCGAGACGACGAGUAUGACUAUUUGUUCAAAGUUGUCCUCAUCGGUGACUCUGGCGUUGGGAAGAGUAACCUGCUGUCCCGUUUCACCCGCAAUGAGUUCAACCUGGAGAGUAAGAGCACCAUCGGAGUGGAGUUCGCCACACGCAGCAUCCAAGUGGACGGCAAGACGGUGAAGGCCCAGAUCUGGGACACAGCUGGACAGGAGCGCUACCGGGCCAUCACAUCAGCGUACUACCGCGGGGCGGUGGGGGCUCUCCUGGUCUACGACAUCGCCAAACAUCUAACCUACGAGAACGUGGAGCGCUGGCUGAAGGAGCUGAGAGACCACGCCGACAGCAACAUCGUCAUCAUGCUGGUGGGAAACAAGAGCGACCUGCGUCACCUCCGGGCUGUUCCCACCGACGAGGCCCGAGCUUUCGCUGAGAAGAACGGUUUGUCUUUCCUGGAGACGUCGGCUCUGGACUCCACCAACGUCGAGACGGCCUUCCAGACCAUUCUGACAGAGAUCUACCGUAUCGUGUCUCAGAAGCAGAUGUCGGAGCGUCAGGAGAGCGACAUGUCUCCGAGCAACAACGUGGUCAACAUCCAGGUGCAGCCCACCGAGAACAAACCAAAGAUGCAGUGCUGUCAGAACAUCUAGCUCGGCCACGGCAGCCUGCUGCUACCCCCCCAACCCUCCCUCCCUCCCUCCCCUUCCUCCCGCCCCUGGCUCACCCCCCCCUCCCCUCCCUCAGAAAAUAGACUGCCUUGGCGUAUCGUGAGCUGCAGAGUUCAGGUCACAGCCUCGUAGCUGUGGCUCGUCCCUCCCACUCUGCACCUGCCUCCCCCACCUCCCCCUCCUCCCCCUGCCCUAGGUGAAUAUAUCCCAGUAUAAGAAGAAGUAACCGCGUGGGGUGGCCCCCCCAAGCAGAGCCCCUCUGUCUUUAGGUUUCUGCAGGACAGCAGGCAGCAAGCAUUUCAUAUCACUUUAGAUUUCAUUACUGUAGAUGCGCUGACAUGUCACAAAAAAGUCUUAAUAUAUGAAUGUGAUUAGUUUUCUUUUCUUUCCUCUUCGUUCUUCUGCUCCUGUUGAUUUCUCCUCUUUGUUCAGAUCUUUCUCUGUCUUGUAUCAUAUCUAAUAUUAGGUAUAUAUGAAUUUAAAGCACAUCAGAGUUGCUCUUCAGUGUAUCCCUAUAUACAAGCAUCUCCUCUGUCAUUUUAGCCCCCCCCCCCCUCUUUAGUGCAAUGUACUGUUUUGGAAACUCGUGGAUGUAUCGGGCACAGUGUAGACAUGUGCUCUGGUAGUAACAUGCCAUUGGAUCUGAUCGCUGUGAAUAUGACGCUAGUGAAACGUAGAAUCUUUUGCAUUUGUCGAGCUUCGGUUUGCGCCGCGGAAAGGUCGUGAGCCGGCGUGCGGCAGCGCUCACGCUCGUCAAACGUGGCGGUUGCUGUGUUUCCGGCGGUCGGUGGGUUGGGACCAGCUCUGCAUGUCUUUCACAGCUGGCGCUCUGCUGCAUGUUUUUAUAAACUGAAAGAUCUGGAAUCUGAACACGAUCCCUGUACAUUCAGAUGUUCCUGUCGUCCUUCUGUCAGUCUCCGUGUGGAAGGACGUUCUGAUUGAAGACACUAGACCGUCAGGCUUUCCUGCUCCAACAUAAGAGUAUGCAUUCUUUUUUCACACAUUUGACUACAACUAUGCAGAAACUAGCACAUGGAUGUUUGGAUCUUUUUUCUCUUAGUGCACUUCUUUAGCAAAUGAAGGAAUAAAAAAGCAAAAGAAUUCUCAUUUGACAUUCCUGUGAUACUCAAUAACACUAUAUUCAACAAGCUCCAGUAGUCUAGCAAGCUCUGCUUUGCAUGUGAACACAGAAGUGGAGUUGUGACGCACUGAGAACGUAGGAAAUGGUAAAUGUCACUAGGUUGGAUUUCAUGAGCGUAAAAUUGUCAAGAUCUUGCACUGAACCUUAAUAGUGGAUCUAGUAAACACGCUUUCUUGUCUAGGAUUAGAUUUUACUGCACAUGGAGAGUCUGGACCUCUGUAGUCAGAUUGGAGGCACCACUCUCAGAGACGGUGCCACUGUUCACAACCAAAACGUCGUUUAGAACUCGGGCUGAGUCUCCACAGUCUUUCCUGAAAUCUUCAUACGAAGGAAUUGAGGAAAAACUGGAGAUUGAGCCGCUUUCUCACAAACCUCUGGUCACAGUGCCUCCGAAAAACACACCUCAUCCACCCGCUAACAAGUCGCCGUCAUCCUGCCUCCUCCCUGACCAGUAGCCCAGCCCGUGUUGUCCCUGUCACAUAAAGCCUACAUACACCGAGCUGCCUCUGACUUCAACACAAUGCAUGGCUUUCUGUAUGACUGCAACUCCCACGUUGCAUCGCCUUAUGUAUCUAACAUUGUCAUUACUGUCCAUGAAAUCUGCGGAGGGUUUGGCUCAACCAGACGAUAGUCGUGUCCAUUCUGUCGAUCGACACCUGCCUCGCUAAUGACCCGCUCGUUAAAACUCCCGGAAGUGUGCUCUGUUGAAUUUCCAGGUUCUAGCCGUGUCAGUGUGUGGUGGUGUUCGCAGACGUGUACAAUGCCUGAACGUGGUGUGUGUGUGUGUAGAGGCGGAGGGUAGACCGGUAGCUCUGGGGCGUUUGAGCCCGGCUGGCAGUGCCAAUGGCGUUUCUUCGAACAGACGGUGCCGCCGGCCGAGCCGCUCCAGACUCACCAGCUGGUGAAUCUGUGGACAAAGUGAUUCCUUUCUUCUGAACAUGAUUCCUGAUCCUGUUUCAUGUACCUCCAUUGUUCUGUGUUUUUUUAAGAAGUGUGUUUUGAUUAUUAUUUUUUUUUUUUACUAUAUUCUAUAACUGACUGUAAUUCCAGUGUAAACACGUACGAGGGAAAUGACGUCAUUUCAAUGAAUCUGGAAGGUUAAAUGUGAGGGGGGUCAAGAGGAAUGGUUUUAUGUUCUGUACAGAUUGAUAAAUUGUACAAUUGUGUCUAUAUCUUAAGUUAUCAGUUCAUCUUAAUAAAGCGCACCAGUCAUAAACCUUUA